CUCUCCAACCAGUUGGCUGCGCUCUCAGAUAGUCUAAAGACUACCAACUUACUCAUCAGCCGCUUAUCGAAGCUCACAUUCCAGCCUGGCUCAGAACCACUGGAAGGCGAUACUGGAGUACGGGUCGAACUUGCGCAAGACAUCCACGACAGUCUCAAGCAGCUUGAAGAAGAACUUGAGUUCCUGAAGCAAGAAGCAGACGACUACAAAGAGCGCAUAUCACAGCGAAGACGAAGAGACUCAAGCACAGCAGAAGACGUGCGCAUCACAGCAAAAGUAGUCAAGCUCGGGGAAGAGCUCGUGCAUUCGAGGCAGCAGUUCCGAAACGCACAGAUCGCGGCUAAAUUUGCCAGCGAACAGGCAAAGCGACAAGAGCGAGAGGCAUUACUCGAGGGUACUACCACGAACGGAUUGAUUGGUGGGGACGCAAGAGAACAGCUUUUCGCACGACGCAGAGGAUAUCAGCAGCAGAAACAGCUCACCAAGGAUGAGAUAUUGGUCAACGCAACCAGCGACGUGACCUCUGCUUUACGACGCACUCACGCCUUGCUUUCGACAGAAUUGGAACGAUCUCGUUUCGCGCAGGAGACAUUUGACGAGUCGACGACCGCACUGAAGCAGCUAGGCGAGGAAUACAGCAACCUCGACAACAUCCUCAGUAAUAGUCGUAACCUUCUGUCAACACUGGUAAGAAGCCAAAAGAGUGAUACCUGGUAUCUGGAGACCGCAUUCUACAUCCUCGCAACAACACUCAUCUGGCUCGUGUUUCGACGCAUCUUGUACGGGCCGUUCAUCAAGCUACCACUGUUUCUGGUCAACACUCUAAUCUUCUUCGCGAACUGGGUCUUCCUCAAACCGCUUUUCUUCCUCCUUACAUUAGUAGGGGUGAUCACGAACGAGCCUGCGAACCCCAACGCAGUCACGCAUACAGCAUUGUCAUCAACACGGACGCCUCUGAUCGUCCAGCCGAGCGCACAAGGCAGAGCUUCUCCCUUGCCAGACGACGUAAAGCGUAACGCUGUCCCGGCAGGCGCAGGUGGCGCAGGAGCGAAAGUUCAAAACCCUAUACUUCAAGGCAAGGUCAGUGAAGACAUCGGCAAGAUGGCAGAGCAGAGUGCAAAGCAGAAUGAGCAGCCUGUCAAGAGAGGUGAUGGGACUGUGCUUCAGGAACGAGGUGAUGUUCCCAAGAAUCCCAAGAAGAAGACUUUUGAGGCAGAAGUCGAGGAUGAGAAGCAUGAGGAGGCUCAGCAACAGGGGCAGCAGAAGGAAGGACAGAAGAGAGAUGAGCUGUGA